UGCUGUGCAGCAAGGAUGAUUGUCAGCCCCUGCUGGUUGAACCUGUGCAUCUGAGGGCCAACUGCCUCCGCAGGUUUUUCAUAGAAAACGGCUGGACUGAGAGGACUUAGCUAGCUAACUGGUAAGUUUGAACUGGACCACACCUGGUGCAGCCAGCUCUGGAACUCUACUGGAGGUUAUGUGAAGCGAUGGAGGUUGGACAGUGGCGUGCACAAAAGUGGAGGGAGCAAUGGAGGGAAGAUAAAUAGAAAAAUGAGACUAGAGGCAAUCACCUCUUGUGUCUGGUCGCCAACCCAGUCCUCUCCUGUCCAGCAGCUCAGUCCAGCCAUACACAUGUUUCUCUGUGAAACAGAAGUCUUCAUAUACUGUAAGUAUGGAUGAGAGCCUCACGUGGACGUAAGAGAGACAAGUCUCCUCAGCAUCAGGCUUUGUCUGUCAGUAGUAAGGUCUGUCAUCACAGUCAGCUGAAGGUGAGCGGUAAUGAAUGAGCUGUGUGUCAGUACAAACAGUGCUGUUGGUCAGGAGGCCUGUGGAGUAGCCAAGAGAGAAAGUUUCCCCCGGAGAGCUGAGAUCACUCACUCUGAUAAAUUGGGGGUCUUAGCUCGAACUGGCCAGCACUAACAAACAUCAUUCAUCAAGCACUCAUAAAAGCUCGCCGUGGGAAGUGUUCAUAGGCACUCAAUGUUGAAUUGCCAUUGCGCUAUUCCAUUUUAUAAAUAAUAGAUGCAUAAUUGUAUUGCUUAUUAUUAAUAAAUGUUGCGUUUGUACUUUUUGGUGUGCCUCACCCAGAGCCAGGUCUUAAUUGUGUUCUAUUUUUUCUCUUGUGCAUUCAGAACAGUGCCUCAUUCCUGCCUAAUAGGUACAAGCAGUGCCAGAUCAAUAUGUUUUAAUGGGUCCUCUGUUAAGAUAGUACACAAUUAAAUAAUCAGUCCAAACAAGGCUAUUGACAGAGGCACUCUCACUUUUUCCUCUCCUUGUCUUCUCCUCCUGUCUGCUCAUGCAGGUGUUUUUUAGGUCAUGAGUGUGCGCAUGUGUGAUUCACCGUCUUUUUACCACGAGCUGUGUGUAAACUGCGAGGAAUAUCCUAAUGCCCCAGGCUGGUGUGGACUUUACAGCCACGACAAAAACUGAUCAUGCGAUGACUGAGCGCGCUUUGGGCACAUCUACUGAGUCCAUUACAGGAGGUGAAUGAUGGCCGAGGAUGGGCGAAAUCUCUCCGGGGUCCCUGACGCCAGGGGCUCGGAGGGUCGCUCCUCUCUGCCGAGGACUUUCAUCCGGCUCAACGACCUGUCCGGGGUCGGGACAGGAGGCGGGGAGCGUGGCGAGGUGGUGGUGGAACCCGCGUCCCCGGCGCCCGAUGGGAUCUCUACAGCCGGGGAGGAAGCGUCGGCGAGCGGCGAGGAGAACCUGCCCUACCCCACCCUGGCCCCCGUGGUCUUCUUCUACCUGAAACAAACUACCCGGCCUCGGAGCUGGUGUCUCAAGAUGGUCUGCAACCCAUGGUUCGAGAGAGCUUCCAUGUUGGUGAUCCUGCUGAACUGUGUGACCCUGGGCAUGUUUCAUCCCUGUGAGGACAUCGACUGCGACUCUGAGAGGUGCAAGAUCCUGCAGGACUUUGAUGACUUUAUCUUCGCGUUCUUCGCCAUUGAGAUGGUGAUCAAGAUGGUGGCUCUGGGGAUUUUUGGGAAGAAAUGUUACCUUGGAGACACGUGGAACCGUUUGGACUUCUUCAUAGUAGUGGCUGGGAUGUUGGAGUACUCCCUCAACCUGCAGAACGUCAGUUUUUCAGCGGUGAGGACGGUUCGCGUGCUGAGACCGCUGAGAGCCAUCAACAGAGUGCCAAGUAUGCGUAUUCUGGUGACCCUGCUGCUGGACACACUGCCCAUGCUGGGUAAUGUGCUGCUGCUCUGCUUCUUCGUCUUCUUCAUAUUCGGCAUCGUGGGCGUCCAGCUGUGGGCCGGCUUGCUCAGAAACCGCUGCUUUUUGGAAGACAACUUCUCUUUUCCUCUGUCCGUGGAGCUGGAGAAAUACUACCACACUGAAAACGACGACGAGAAUCCCUUCAUCUGCUCUCAGCCCAGAGAGAACGGCAGGAGGGACUGUAGCUCAGUGCCUAAGCUGUACGAGGAGGGAGGCCUGCAGUGCAACCUGGACAUGUAUUCUUACAACAGCACUGAUAACACCACAUGCGUCAACUGGAACCAGUACUACACCAACUGCUCUGCUGGUCCGGUCAACCCCUUCAAGGAUGCCAUCAACUUUGACAACAUCUGCUACGCCUGGAUCGCCAUCUUUCAGGUGAUCACUCUGGAGGGCUGGGUGGACAUCAUGUACUUUGUGAUGGAUGCUCACUCCUUCUACAACUUCAUCUACUUCAUCCUGCUCAUCAUUAUCGGCUCAUUCUUCAUGAUCAACCUGUGCCUGGUAGUCAUCGCAACUCAGUUCUCAGAGACCAAGCAGAGGGAGAGCCAGCUGAUGAAGGAGCAGCGGGUGCGCUUCAUGUCCAACGCCAGCACUCUGGCCUCCCUCUCCGAGCCAGGCUCCUGCUACGACGAGCUGCUCAAGUACCUGGUCCACAUCAUCCGCAAGGGGGCUAAACAGGUAGCCCACAUCUGCAGGCUCUUAGCUCGCCGUGCAGGGCUCAACAUCGCCGCCUCGCCCCCCGCCACGGAGCCCCAGCGCAGCCAGAGCCAGAGAAGGAGGCGGAAGUCCUCCAGGCAGGGCUCGGUGUCAGUCCAUCACAUGGUGCACCAUCAUCACCACCACCACCACUACCACCACUACCACCUGGGGAAUGGCAGCUUAAGGGGAGGAGGUACCAUCAGGUGUCCAGAGGGUAGGGAUGUGGAGGCUGGUUCUCAUAACAACAACGGAGGGACUCUCGUGGCGACCGCCUGCACCGGGCACCUCGCUUUGGCCCCACCGCUGCCUUCAGUGACAGCAGCAACCUCCGACACAAACCUGGCCACUUUGACCAAUCCUGCUGCAGCAGCUGCCGAUUCGUCUUCAGCUCUCAGCGUAUUCCACUCAGACACUCUCCGCUGUACCCCAUCGCCCACAAACUUGGGUCCAAUUCCAGGCCCAUUCUCCCUGGCCCCAGCUCCUAAAUCCAGGGCAAUGAAGAGAAACUCGGUACCCUUUGCUGCUCCGGGGCCUAAGAACUACCCCACACUGCAGGCCAGAGCACUAGCAGAGUCCAGACGAGGGAGUGUUGCAGCCAGCACUCUGACAAAUAUCAGCUUCAACCUCAAUAUCCCACCCAUGCCCCUGGAGAGAAGGCAGCAGAGCCUGGUGGACACACACACUCCUACAGCCCAGAUCUCCUGCCAGCUGUCGGCUCGUGACCUGAGCACCACCAGCAGUGCCAUGGACACAGCCGCAUUGACAUUGGACCCCGAGAGUUGCCCUUACUGCGCCAAGGCCCUGGCCAACGAAUCAGAGGGUGGCACCGAGGGCAACGAGACCCCUGGAGACUCCGACAGCGAGGGCGUAUACGAGUUCACCCAGGACCUCCACCACAGGGACAGGCAAGACAGCCGGCAGCCCAGGAAGAAGCAUCGCAGGCUGGGUAAAACUGCUGCGAAGGUUGUUCACUUCUGGAGGCUGGUGUGCGACACAUUCAGGAAGAUCGUGGACAGCAAGUAUUUUGGACGAGGGAUUAUGAUCGCCAUCCUGAUCAACACUCUGAGUAUGGGGAUCGAGUACCAUGAGCAGCCUGAUGAGUUGACCAAUGCACUGGAGAUCAGCAACAUUGUCUUCACCAGCCUGUUCGCCUUGGAGAUGCUUUUGAAGGUGUUGGUCUACGGGCCUUUUGGCUACAUUAAGAACCCCUACAAUAUCUUCGAUGGCAUCAUCGUGGUCAUCAGCGUGUGGGAGAUUGUGGGUCAGCAGGGUGGGGGUCUGUCAGUGCUGAGGACCUUCCGGUUGAUGCGAGUGCUGAAGCUGGUCCGUUUCAUGCCGGCCCUGCAGAGGCAGCUGGUGGUGCUGAUGAAGACCAUGGACAAUGUGGCCACUUUCUGCAUGCUGCUCAUGCUCUUUAUCUUCAUCUUCAGUAUCCUGGGGAUGCAUCUGUUUGGUUGUAAGUUUGGUUCAGAGAGGGAUGGAGACACUCUGCCAGACAGGAAGAACUUCGACUCUCUUCUAUGGGCCAUUGUAACUGUCUUCCAGAUCCUAACCCAGGAGGACUGGAACAAGGUAUUAUAUAAUGGCAUGGCCUCCACCACUCCCGUAGCAGCUCUCUACUUCAUCGCGCUCAUGACCUUUGGCAACUACGUCCUCUUCAACCUGCUGGUGGCCAUCUUGGUCGAGGGCUUCCAGACGGAGGAAGUGUCCAAGCGGGAGGACUUGCAUGCCCAGCUGAGCCUAAUUCAGCUGCCUGUAGACUCAGGGGGUGACGCUUCUAAAUCAGGUUCAGAGAUUGAUUCCUUUGCACGCAGUAUGGAGGAUGUUAACGGCAGCAAGAAGGAUUUGUCAGCCUCUGCAGUAGUACCUGUAAAUGGUCACGUGGACCUGAAGACCAGCCUGACUCCUCCUCUAAUUACCCACACGGCAGCCACCCCUAUGCCCGUACCUAAGUUGCCUGUUGGAGGUGACCCCAUCCUGGGCUAUGAGUCCCGUCGAGGCAGCAACGUCUCCAUAGACCCAGCUUCCUAUGACAAGUCACCGACCAGUGCCCGGAGCCCUUCGCCCUACGCCCCUUGGAGCUCCGGCAGCGGCAGGACCAGCCGCCGGUCCAGCUGGAACAGCCUGGGUCGUGCCCCGUCGCUCAAACGUCAGAAGCGACAAUCUGGGGAACGACGCUCGCUCCUCUCAGGGGAGGGAGGCUCCAGCUCAGAAGAUGGGGAGGGCGGAGGAGAAGGGUUGAUGGAGGAGGAUGACGCCUCCCUGGCCAGGACAGACUCCAUGUCCCAGUCACAGAGGGGGCCCCGACACCGGAGGAUGGAGUCAGUAGAGACUCGGAGCUCUAUGGAUUUGCCCCCUGAUGCUCUGCUGCAGGUGCCCUACCUGUACCGCUCAGCCAGUAUGCACAGCUCCAGACCACCCUCUCUAAGCCACUUACGGCCCCCAGAGCACAGCGACUGCAAUGGGAAGGGCUCUCCAUCAGUCCUGGGCCCCACACACGUUUCUCUGGAGGACAACACUGAAGACGAAAAUGCAGAGGAGGAGGCCAAUUUGAGUCGUUUUGCCAGACUGUUCCGCUGGCUAGAGAAGAAACAGCCAGAGUGGUGUCGACAGAGAGACACCUGGUCACUCUACCUCUUCCCUCCAGAGUCGAGGUUUCGGUUCAUGUGCAAGAAGAUCAUCACGCACAAGAUGUUCGACCAUGUUGUGUUGGUCAUCAUCUUCCUCAACUGCAUCACUAUCGCCAUGGAGAGGCCUCGCAUUGACCCCAGCAGUGCAGAGCGGAUCUUCCUAACAUUGUCCAACUACAUCUUCACAGCGAUCUUUGUGGCUGAGAUGACUAUAAAGAUCGUAGCUUUGGGCUGGUGUUUCGGGGAAAAGGCCUACCUGAGGAGCAGCUGGAACAUUCUUGAUGGGAUGCUGGUGAUGAUUUCUGUAAUCGACAUCCUGGUGUCUCUCAUCUCCAACUCGGGUACCAAGAUUCUGGGCAUGCUCAGAGUGCUGAGGCUACUGAGGACCCUGAGGCCGCUACGUGUGAUCAGCAGAGCCCCGGGGCUGAAGCUGGUGGUGGAGACCCUGAUGUCCUCGCUGAAGCCCAUCGGCAACAUCGUGGUCAUCUGCUGCGCCUUCUUCAUUAUCUUUGGCAUCCUGGGAGUGCAGCUCUUCAAGGGGAAGUUCUUUGUUUGUCAUGGAGAGGAUGUCAGGAACAUCACCAACAAGUCAGACUGUUUGCAGGCCAACUACAAAUGGGUCAGACACAAGUACAACUUUGACAACCUGGGACAGGCUUUGAUGUCUCUGUUUGUUCUGGCAUCAAAAGACGGCUGGGUGGACAUUAUGUAUGAUGGACUAGACGCUGUAGGAGUUGACCAACAGCCUAUAAUGAACUACAACCCAUGGAUGCUGCUCUACUUCAUCUCCUUCCUGCUGAUUGUGGCCUUCUUCGUGCUCAACAUGUUCGUGGGCGUGGUGGUGGAGAACUUCCACAAGUGCAGGCGCCAUCAGGAGGCCGAGGAAGCCAAGCGCAGGGAGGAGAAGAGACUGAAACGCUUGGAGAAAAAGAGACGGAAAGCUCAGAGUAAGCCCUACUACUCAGAUUACUCCCCCACGCGCCUGCUCAUCCACAAGAUGUGCACCAGCCACUACCUGGACCUGUUCAUCACCAUUGUCAUAGGGCUCAACGUCAUCACCAUGUCCAUGGAGCACUACCAGCAGCCCAAGGAGUUGGACGAAGCAUUGAAGAUCUGCAACUACAUCUUCACCCUCAUCUUUGUUCUAGAGUCCGUCUUCAAGCUGGUGGCUUUCGGCUUUCGACGCUUCUUCAAGGACAAGUGGAACCAGCUGGAUCUGGCCAUCGUGCUGCUGUCCAUCAUGGGCAUCACUCUGGAGGAGAUUGAGGUCAACGCUUCACUGCCCAUCAACCCGACCAUUAUCCGCAUCAUGAGAGUGCUGAGGAUUGCACGAGUAUUGAAGCUCUUGAAGAUGGCGGUGGGGAUGAGAGCGUUGCUGGACACCGUUAUGCAAGCCCUGCCUCAGGUGGGGAAUCUGGGUCUUCUCUUCAUGCUUCUCUUCUUUAUCUUUGCAGCGCUGGGUGUGGAGCUGUUUGGUGAUUUAAUUUGUGACGAGCGCCACCCAUGUGAGGGUCUGGGCCGCUAUGCUACAUUCAAAAACUUUGGGAUGGCAUUUCUGCUGCUCUUCAGAGUUUCCACUGGAGACAACUGGAAUGGCAUAAUGAAGGACACAUUAAGAGACUGCGCCCAUGACACCAGCACCUGCUACAACACUGUGGUCUCUCCCAUCUACUUUGUCUCCUUCGUCUUGACGGCUCAGUUUGUCCUGGUCAACGUUGUCAUCGCCGUCCUGAUGAAGCACCUGGAGGAGAGCAACAAGGAGGCCAAGGAAGAGGCGGAGCUGGAGGCUGAGUUGGAGCUGGAGCUACAGAAUGACGGGGGAGACAUGGCAACAAGGUCGCCCCAGCUCAACCCUCUGGCAUUGGGCAUGGACAGGUCGAGUUCUGGGGGCUCCCCCUGGAGGUCCACCGGAGGAGGGGACAGGGAGCAGGAAAGGGACGGUCCUAUGGACUCACCCACUGCUGAUAUAACCAGAGACUCUGUAAACAUCAGAGCAGACCCCCCUUCAUGCCUGGACCCCCCGCUGGAGUUUGUCCAGCGGAGAGCGAUGUUUGACUCAGUCUCCCUGGUCAUCCAGGGCUCAAUGGAGGGGGAGUUGAGUUUGAUGGACAACCUGUCCGGCUCUAUCUGCCACUACUACGCACUGCCCCCCAGGCCCAGCAAGCACAGCACCGACAAGAAGAUCCCUCUAGCGGAGAUGGAAGCUCUGUCUCUGGCCUCUGAGAAAUCCUGGUCCCUAGCUCUGACAGAAGACUCGGUCCCCGACGAUUUUAACCCCCUCUUUCUAACCAGUCAGGAAUGCAAUCCGGAGCAGCUCAAUCCCGGGGAGCCACUGGAGGACAACCUGCUGAGUGUCAGGAAGCCUACGGUGGGACGCACACACUCCCUGCCCAACGACAGCUACAUGUUCCUACCCCUGCAGCCUUUGGGCCAACCAGCCACGGCUCCAGCACAGCUUCUAGCACAGACACAGGGGCCCCAGCACAUAUUGGGCAUCCACAAGGCCCAAUCAGGCUCCAGCAGCUCGGUGCGUUCUCAACCGGAGGAGUUUUCCCAGCAGCUGACCGUCCCCACAGACCUCUUCAAACCCAUCAGCCCCCACAGCCACUCGGACUCAGAGAGUAUACCACGACUUCCCCCUCCCAGACGCAGACAUACACUGAGCCGCACGCUCCGCAGACAGGUUGCAGUGUCUACUGAUUCUCAAGAGGCCCUAUGUUCAGAUGGUGGGGAGAGCAGUGAAGGACUUGUGAAUGUGGCCUCUCUGGGCCUCCCUCCAUCCCCCUCCUCCUCCUCCUCUUCCUCCACCACCUCUCCCUCACCCCGCUCCCAUCAUCAUCAGCAACCUGCUCUCUGCCUGGUCCCCGCCACACCGGGCGCCUCCCCUAAACCCUCGCGGCCCAGCAGCGUGCACACCCAGCACUGCCUCGCCUCCUACUCGCCCUCCUCGCCUCCUCCACUCUUACCAGUCACGCCACACCAACAGGAGGAGGCCUCGGCAGAUCAGGAAGUGUCCCUCAUUACCCACGCAGGGUUACCUGGCAGUGAUGACAUGACGAUGACGACGGGGCACGACAGCUGCGACGGAGGCAACGAGGGUUACAGUAUCUACGCAGGCUGCCAGGAAAGCCGGAGUCCUUGUUUGAGGCAGCUGAAGAGGUUCCAUAGCGCUGACACACAGGGCCGCAGCACCCUCCUGCCCCGCCCACGCCCUUACUCCUGGUUGGACGACCCGCGGCGCCACUCUGUGGAGGUGUGCUCCUCAGUGGAGUCCAGCCCCCAGCGCAGCACCACCUCCACCUCCUCCGGCUUUGUGUCGCGGGCUGACAGCCUGCAGAUCCACAGCCAGACCUCCACUCAGACCUCGCUGCCCUCACCCCGACGCAAGAAGAAGAUGAGCCCGCCCUGCAUCUCUGUGGACCCCCCCGACGGACUGGAGCCCCAGUCUGGCCUCUACCCAGGCCUGGGUGGACUCGGGGGCAUGGGGCUGGGGGGGUUAGGGAAGCCCCCUCCUCUACCCAGCCGGGACACCUGCCUGAGGAGGAGGGCGCCCUCCAGUGACUCAAAGGACUCCUUUGACUUGGGUGUUGGGGAAGGUUCAGGACAGGACGGUGGCUCGCCAAACCCCAACACCAACCCCAAGCUACUGACUCUUCCCAGUUUCUCCUUUGAGAAGACAAGCUCUGAGCACUGAACACUGAUACUCAAACACACAGAUACACACACGCACACAGCUGGACGAACAACAAGCCUCUACACACACAAACACACGAUGCACUCUGUGUAUCUGUGAUGGUGAUAGUUCUAGUAAUAAUGCUGUAGAGAGUAAUAAUGGUAAAACUACAACAAACAGUAAAACCAUCCUUGGUUUCAUAAGGAGUGCAGUACUGUAGUAGUGUGACCACCCCUUGUCUUUGUAUUGUUACUGCCAAAACAACAAGAGAAGAGACCAAACAACAACACAAACAUGACUGUCUCUCUUCUGCUACGCCUGCAUGCCACUGGCUGCAGCUUGACCCCAUCACCUCUGGAGUGACAUCAGCACCUGGGAUUUGGCGUCACCCGUGGUCGCCAUUUGAACCGCCUGGUGUUGCACAGGGUGGACUUUGCCCGGUCAAUGGAGGUACAAAGCAAUAUGAACGUUUUAGAGACACUAUUUUCUUAAAUUAUUGGGCCAUAGUGUUUGUACAGGAUGUUGUUUUUUUAAUUUCAUUCUAUUGUUAUUUUCAUGUCUUUUUGUGACUUUGUUUGUUUUUUGUUUUGUUUUUUUUGGUCAAAAUGGUUUGUCUUUGUCUUUUUUUUCACUGUAGGAUAUUUCUAGCUUUCUUGGUUUACUGAGGAAAGUGAACGUUUUUUCAAAGUGCUGAAAACCAUGUAUUUGUAGGAAUAAUAUAUAAAUAUAUAUAUAAAAAAGUCAUUAAACUGAGCUUGGAUUUUUA